UGAAAACAUUUGUCUUAACAAUUGAAAACCAGUUCGAAAAAUUGCAAUAUUCUGUGACAGCUGAUGUCUCACCCUAAUUUCCGGCUAGGGCAUGCCGUGGGGCUUAGCUAGAGAGCAGCACAUCGUUUGCCUUCACGAAUUCUCCAUUGCAUGGCAAAAGCUGCGACGGCAGCUGAAGCAGGUUGCUGACAGCUACCUAAAAUUCCUCCUUUCCCUACUAUCAACCAACACACAAGGCUUUGAAUUUCGAUCUUGUACUUUUCAGCAGUCGCCUAUUGGCCCACGAAAUGCACCGCGAUACCUAGGGAAGUCGAUGACAAGUACACGUCACAAAGGAACGAAGAGCCGUGAUAUCUGAUCGGACCGGCAUGCUUUUGCAAGAAUAGGUAGUGUCUUCAAAUAUAACUUCCGUGCGACGUCAUGGACUCUCCUAGCAAGCCAUUGAGCUCUCCCAUCGCCUUCACCUCCGAAGUCCCCAAAGGCAACAUAGCCAGGCCCCGAACUCAGUCACAGUCCAGCCAGGAUUCCGAGUCUACUUUCACGCAAGGCUCGUCUCCGUUAAUUCCACCACGGCGCCUGUACGCCCAGCCGAAUACAAGCUCGGCCAGCAUCCAAAGCUUCUCACGCCCACUGCAGCGACCAGUCGUUGACCCGGCGCGCCGUGCAGCGUCACCUACCGAAUGGGUUCCUGGUCAUCGGGCACGACAAAGAAGUCAAGGCUUCUUCGACCCUACCAUCUCAAGUGCGUCAUCCAGCGCCCAGAACAUGAGCGGACUUUCUACUUCGCAGCUUGCCGCUCAGGCUGCCAUGCACAUCCAGAACAAUAACCACAAUCGCAAGAGGUCGCAGACCCUUCCAGAUCCGUCGGCAGCCACGCCAUCGCCCGCAGCUGCUCAAGCGGCUCGCAGACCACCCGCAGUUCAAGCGGUGCCAUAUGCACAACCACAACAGAAUGCUCCUGUCAUUCGAGGCUACGACAGCUUCAUUGGAGGCCACAGCUUAGCUGCAGCGACGGCUGCUAACGCAGCCUUUCCACGGAGCCCAGGGCAAGCGCCUCCGUACUCACCUCAGUUCGCUCCUGAUCGACAGCCACCUCCUGUACCCGAGAAAGAUGCAAAAUCCGGUAAAGAGAAGACCAAGAUGAAGUUAUUUUCGAAGCCUAAGAACAUCGGUAUCUACAAGGAUGACAAAAAACAUCCUGCUUUAUCAUCACCGAGACUGGGCACCUACAACUCGUCAAACCUCAACAAAUUUCCCAAUAUCUCCACAACCAGCUUGGUCGAGUCGAAUAUUAGCAGUAGUAGCUCUUCGUUCUAUUCAGCGCAGAAUACUUCCACGUCUACACUUGUUCCAGCUGAUAGAGAUAAAGAAAAGGAAAAGCAUAAGCAUCACUUUCUUUCCCGUCAAAAGAACAAGCUUAAGGAUAAGGACGACCUGCACCUCGCACUAUCCUCUGCCAGCAGUACCUCAAGACCUACCGAUCCUAGCGCUCCACAGCCUCUGUAUAAUUUUGCGGUGCCAAGUUCUCCAGGUCACGGAAGCACAUUUGCAAAAUCGGUCAGUGGCUUAGAUCUACGACAUGGAGGCAGAGCUCUCAGAGAAAAGAAAAAAGAGGAGAAAUUGACUCCAAACAUAUCAAAUAAUUCAUUGGAACAGCCUCUACGAGAUGCGUCACUGAGUCAAAGUUCAGAUUGGCUUGGAACACCUAAUUACAAUAGCAACAGCACAUUUUCCCCGUUGACAUCUGGAACCAGCGUAUCUCACGUUUCCGAUCUUGGCCUCACGCAGGCGGGUGUUGCAAACUUGGGCAACUCGUUUGGCAUAUCUGGGUUGCAGCCAGAUGAUGCUUGGCCAUUGUUGAAGGCAAAGCUACUUAAUAUUUUCGAAGGUGAAGAACUCCGUCCACCCAUUGAAGAUUUCAAUGCGCUGGUGUCUGUUCACAUCAAGCGCUGUAUUCAGCGCCGCGCGCCGACUUUGAUCAUAGAAGACCUCAAUGAGCUGCUUCAAACGGGAUUCCUCUCACUAGACCAGACGCUGCGACAAAUUCCAGAUGACAGGCUGGUGCCACAUCUAGUUGCUAUGUGGAAUCUGGUGUUCAGCAUUAUACUGCCAUUCUUGCAGGCUGUCUUCCUGCCGCUUGAUCUAGAAUUCAAAGGUCGAGGUCCGAUCAUGUCUGCAAGAGAAGCUGCAGAUUUCUGGGGAGCUGCAUUGCCUUCCGAUAGUGAUGCAACUGACCCUGACGCAAAUCGGAACAUAUUCGUGCUGGGAGAGGAACUAGAUGUCCGCCGUAUUGUGUUGCUCAAGUUUCGAGAUACCGUCUUCUUACCCCGACACGAAGCGUUGAUGGCCAUCUUUACACGCUUAUCCCUUGAAAGUAUAAGCGCUGGUAUAUAUCCUUACGAUCCACUCCCAGAACCACCGCCGAUAGGAUCUGCAACGCGACCUGGGACGGCUCAGUCGGCCGAUGGCUUUGGAUCGCCUUAUCAAAGCAUGAACUCGUAUAAUUCACAGUCGAGUACUCAUUUAGAUUCUGGCUCGCCAUUUUCCGCAGUAGGUCGCUCGCGGGCUACUUCAAACACAUCUGCAGGAUCAUUUCCAUCCUCUGUAGGUGCGCAUUCCGCGGGUUCUCAGUCUCAUGCUGUUGCUCCGGCGCCGCAACCGAUGGACUCCGCACAGGUCACGGAAAUGGUUGGUAGAAUGCUCCAGUGCGUCAGCGUGCUCGCAAGUGUACAGUCAAAAGAUGAUGCGCAGAGCAAAAUGGAGAGACUCACGAAGGAAUUGAAGUUGAACUGGUUGGGUAGAGGUCGUACGGGGCGACAAAGACGAGGAUUUGUCGGAACAAGACUCCGACCUGCUGGUGCAACGUUUGCGUAGCGAUUCGUUCUUGGAUUCUGAAUCGCAAAGUUGCUUACAGAUACCCAAAAAAAUUCUUUAAAGGUAGUUGGUUCAAUUUAAAAGUAAUCGUGUCCUUAAAACCAUCACAAGCAUCUGCGAACGUGU